ACAUAUGGCACGGCACAGAAGAUGCGUGCUGCCAUAAGCCACAAAUUCAGCAGAGACUACCAGCUUGGAACACAGCCAUGGUUGGAGCACCCAGCCACGCCAGGCAGAUUCGUCAGAAACCCAUCACUUUCAGUGACCAUUUCACAGUAUAUGGUCAGUCUUCGUCGGCGGAAGAUCCGAGCAGGUGAAGCAGUAAUGAGUGCUCGCGCCAUGGACGAACCUACCAUGAAGAGGCUCUGGGAAUCUGCAUGGUCCAUGGACCGAAAAGAAUUUGGCCCAAUCUCGCGCAAACGAAAGGCAGAAAAUCCAUCUGAAUGGGCUGGAUUUUUGCUCCGCCAGAUGCUUUAUUUACUCUACCUUCUCUCCAUGCUUUGCCUGCUCCGCUACGACGAAGCAUUGCGGAUCACCUGGGCCGAUGUCACAUUCCAGGUCAGCUACCAACCUGCACAGUUCCGAGUGAAGCUAGAAUUACCCUUUCGAAAGACACAUCAGUAUGGAGGCAUAGCCCCAUUCUAUAUAUACACUGAUCCUGACCGGCCGUGGAUGUGCUUGCUGCAAGUGUUUGCUAUCUGGUGGCUGUUAGCUCGCGAGAUACACAGAGACCUCAAUGGGUUCAUCUUUCGCAAAAAGAUUGGUGUAGACAGCAUUAGUGUGAGCCUGACGGACUGCAUGACCUCGGACUCCUUCCUCGAAUGCUUCCGAAAUAAUCUCCUCGACAUUAGUGUUGAUCCGCGCCCAUAUGGUACCCACUCGUUUCGUCGCGGCGGUUGUCAGUUUCUGCACACGGUGCGAGGCUGGUCGUUUCGGAAGAUCUGCGACUGGGGUGGGUGGGCUGAGAAUUUCGACAACCCUGGUACCAUAUUCAAGUACCUCUUGUCUUGGAAUGACAAUCCAGCAGAGGCUCGCGAACAUUACAUGAACCCAAACAGGCCAGGCUGUGACCCUUGCUAUAGCUGCGGAAGGACUUGCCAUUGUGGUUAA